CAUUUUUUGUUAUAAAAUGCUAAAUAAUCACCAAAAAAAAAGAAUAUUUAUCUGCGUCGGCGAAGGAACAACAACAUCGGCAGGUAGUUUCGAAAUCCGGAUUACUUUCUUUGCUGUAUAUCCAGUGCAGAAAAGGGGACAUUAAAUAACAUAACGAUAUUAAAUUUUACGGAGGGGAGGAGAGAAAUAUGAGAAGCUUAAGUGAGACAUGAAAUGCAAAGAAUCUUGUUAUCGUUAGAAAUGAUGAGCCUACUGCAUCGCCCAUGAUGAAUCUCAAGUUACAUCAAGUUGCAAAUUCAUUUGUGAUGCGUCACGUGAAACGCAAAAUUAUUAUGAGAAAACGUUCGCGAGUAAAAAUUUAAAAUUUAUUGUUUAAAAAUUUAAAAGUUAGUUUAACGAAAUUUGCAAUGCAAACUUUCGUAUAAUAUAGAUGCAUUUCAAUAAAAUUUUAUUGGAAAAAAUAAAAGAUAUAUAUGCUAGGUGCAUCUUUUACGUACCAAAAGGGUUGUAGCUAAGAACACUUACUUUCCUUGGACAAAUCCGAAAAAGUUUAAGAAAAUAUUAUUGGUAAAUAAAAUAAAGGAAUUUUGUGAAAAAAGAAAAGAAAAAAAAAAUAGAAAAUGAAUAUAGCAUUCAACAUUCCUUGAACGAUUUCACUCGGAUACGAUAAAAUUUCUUGAAGGACAUUGGUGGGUAUAACUUAUCUCUUCUCAGGUAUAAAAUCGUCAGGUAUAAAACCUUCAGGUAGAAACUUUGCUUUCCGUUUUCCAAUUUUUACAAUUAGAAUUCUAUUGUUGUCACAUGUCUUUGUAAUUUAUUGAAAGUUGAACGUGGAAGAUAUUCGACAAGCGAUCAGUCAGAAAUAAACAGAAAUAAAGCGUCCUGCGUCGGAGUAUAUGACACAUUCUGGAUGUCUAUCUACAAUAAUAAUUGAAAGUAGAGGAGAGGGACAGUCACAAACAAAACAGAAAAGACAAUCGCGCCAGCGUAUCUUACGGUCUCCUUAGCGCGGUCUUUCAUCGGUUACCUCAUUGGCCGAUCGUCAAACUGAUUAGGCACGUACGAAUUCGCUAGCUCUUUUCCUGGUAGCUCAAUUCCUCCAUGUUCCUUUGGACUGUGAGUGUAAACUGCUGUACUCGAGAAUAAGGAUUUAUUACUUGCUCUGUGAUUUCCGAGUGGGGAGAAAUUUGCUUAUCCAAAAGAGAAUUAUCAGUGACAAAUUAUUUUAGCCGUGCGGGUAAUGGCUGAAUACAAGGAGCAGGCUACUUAUAUGUUUAACAACUUCGAGUUGAAGAGAUGGCUUCACGGAGACGAAAAUCGUCGUCGUAUGCUGCUAGUCAAGCUAAAGAAUGAUUUGCGGAAGCUGGGAUUAUCGAAGCGGGCGACACGAGCAGGACUCGUACAGCUUGCAAUGAAGCCAUGUGUGAUUCUAAAACGACUGUCGGUUUCCUGUUACAGAAAGAAGUUACUGCAAUCAUCGCACAGUAAUUUCAUUCCGAUCCACAAGGAAAAGGUGCAAACCAAUCACCGAGACGAUGUCGAAAACAACAGAUUAGAAGAUAAUUCGCAAGAUAUUGUCCAACACACAUUCAAAGCACAAAUUCCAAACACUGCUAGUGGAAUAACAUUGAUUAAUGCAGUAAACGCUAAUAAAACGUGUCAAAGUAAGAUUCAAGAGUGUGAUUUGAUCAGAAAAGAAUCGUCAGAUGGCACUAAACAAGAUUUUAACCAAAAAGUAGUAACAAAUAUAUCUCAUAUUGAUGUUACAUCAACAAAUUAUACAGAUAUUUUUGCAAAAAAAUCUGUUAUUGAAGCGUCACCUAGCUUUUCCUCGUCGGAAGAUGAAUCGCUAAACAAACAUAUACAAAAUGUUGUUCAUGAAUUUAUAAACAAAUCAUUAGAUACAACUAUGUUAUUUCAAUUGGAGGAACAUUCAGACUCUAAAAGUAGUAUCGAUUCCUUGAAAGAUGUUUUUAGAGAAAGACAUAGGGAAAAGAAAGACUAUGAAAUAAAGCAAGAAUUUUUCCCAGUAAAAAGCAAACUGUUAGAUAUAUCACGAGAAGAUUCCCAUAAAUCUAAAACUGAUAAUAUCUUUGAAAAUAAUAUUAGCUCAAGCAACGCAAUAAUUUCAGAAUCGAAAACAUAUGCAAAAGUAAAAGUAAUUAAUUAUGUAGAUAAAAUUCAAAAUGUGUCUACUUCAGAAAAAUCAGAGAAUUCGAUUGAACAUAUUGAUACAUUGUUACAUCAAACACCCAUAAAGAAAGAUGUUAAUGUAGCAAAAAUGUAUUUAAAAUCUAAAAAUUCGCAAACAGAGAGUCAACCUAUUGAAACAGAUUCUAAAACAGUAAUUAAAAGAAAGAUACGUUCCGAAAGUUUAGAUCGAAAUAUAUCAUUGAUAAAGAAAUCAAAGAAGAAUGAAGUGAAUGUAUCAUCAAAAAAAGUAGUAGCAGAUAGUACUAUCGGAUCAUCUCAUUAUGAAAUGCUAUCCGAUAAUGAAUUAGUUCACGCAGCAAAUGAAAGAAAUGAGAAAAAAAAUAAUGUGAAGAUUAUGAAGAUACGAGCAAAAUUUCACGAAUGUUUUCGAGGCAAUUUCGAUACCGACACAAGUGAAAGUGAAGAGGAACGCGAAAUUCUGUUGAAUUUAAAGAAAAAUAAACAACGAUUUGAUGAUCCAUUACAUAAUAAUAGUAUAACAAAAGAAAAUGUAGAAUAUAUUUUUGAAAGAAAUAAGUUAAUACAUGAUUUAUCGGCUAAUAAUUGGCAGAAAAAUAUAGAGAACACAAUAUCAGAUAAAAUAAGGUCCGAUAACUUAUAUGAUUCUAUUCUAUCCGACAAAGAAUACGCUCUACACAAUACUGUAACAGAAAAACAAAUAGAAGAUAGUGCAUCGUUAGAUAAAUAUCCUAUAUUAACUAACAAUUCGCAGGAAAGUACUGAGAACAUAAACUUAGAUAAUUUAUGCGAUUCUAGCACAUACGUCGAAAAGUUUGAUGUAAGCGAUGCUAUAAUAGAAAUGCCAUCGAUAUAUAAAAGCAUAAGCACUUCUGUUAAUGCUUCACAAAAAAAUAUAAACAGUAUAUAUUCUGAUAUUUCAUAUGAUUCCGAUGCAUGCACCGAAAAAUAUUCUCCGUCCAAUGUUACAAUAGACGAGGAGAUGGAAGAAACAUUGGUUUGUGAACAUGACAUGUCAGAUAAUAAUUCUCAGGAAAACGUAAAGGAUAAAAAGGACGCAAUUUCGAAUAAAGUAAAAUUUAAGAAUUCAAAUUCCUCUACAUACAAAGAAAAGUAUUUUACGAAAGAAAAGAACAUACAAGAUGAAGCAACAAUAUGUAAUUAUGAUAUGUCAACUAAUAAUUCACAAGAAAAUAUGGAUGUAUCGGCUGAAAUAAUAUCUGAUAAUUCAAGCGAUUUAUCUAAUUGCACCGAGAAGUAUUGUGCUACAAAUAUUAUUGUAACAAGAAAGGAAAUAAAAAAUAAAACAUUGAUAUGUACAAAUGAUACGUUAACUAAUCACGUUAAUAAUUCACAGGAAAAUAUAGAGAACGCAAUAUUAGCUGAAGCAAAGUCUGAUAAUUUAGGGAAUUCCAUUGCAAGAAUCAAAAAAUGUGAUAUUACAAUAAAAAAGAAGAUAAAUCAUGACGAGUCAAUUAAUGAUGAAUUGAUAUACAUGUUACCUGAUAAUUCACAGAAAAAUAUAGAGAGCGCAAUACCGCUUGAAGUGACCGAUAAUUCAUGCAAUUCCACUGUAAAUACCGGAAAAUAUAUUAAACAUAAUACUGUAACAGAUGAAAAGAAAGAUGGAAUAUCAUCAAUAUAUAAACACAGCAUACCUAAUGAUUCGCAAGAACAUAUAGAGAGCACAAUACCGGCUGAAAUAAAUUUCGAUAAUUCCAUUUCAAAUAUUGAAAAAUAUUCCACCCACAAUAUUAUAAUAAACGAAAAGACAGAAGAUGGAGCAUCAACAUAUAAAUGUGAUACACCUGUUAAUAAUUCGCAGGAAAAUGUAAAGAGUAUAAUACCGAUUGAAGUACAAUUCGAUAAUUCAUGCGAUUCUGAAUGUGAAAUUCAUUCCACUGUGAAUGUCGAAAAGUAUGACUCUAUGCAUGAUACUGCAAAAGAUAAAGUAAAAAAUAGAACAUCAAUAUGUGAGCGUAACAUGUUGGAUAAUGAAUCAAAAAAUAUAGGAAAUAUAGUCUCGGCAGAAAAAGAGGACAUACAGAAUUCUUCAUCAACUGACAUGGAAAAUAAUAGUAAAUGUGAUAUUAGCGCGAAACAUAAUAUACCGUCCAUGAUUGAAAUAAAUUUAGAUGAAAAUAUGAGUAUAGAAAAUAUAUAUUUAAAUAAAAAUAUAAAGAAGAAAGCAGAUACCACUUACAAGGAAGCGGAAGAGGUAAGUGUACAAAAUCUGCAAAAAAAUCAAGAAAUGCGCAAUGUCGAAAGUAUUAAUUUAGCACAACACAAAAAUAUGCAAAAAAAUGCAAAUUUGGAAUUGCUAAUCAUGUCUACAUUUGAAACAUCAUACAAUGUUGGCAAAAAAGACAACCGUGACAUGUUAGAAAAAAAUGUCGAAAAUUUAUUAUUAUCAAAUAACAAUAACAUGGUGAAAGACGAAAAAACAAUUGAUCAGUUUUCAAUGAUAACAUCAAAAUUAAAAAAGAAUUCUUCGGAAGAAAAAAGUAACGAUUCUUUUUCCAUAUUACCGUCAAAUUCAUCUAGCAAAUCAAAUUAUAGUGAUAAUUGCUCAUUAAACAUUCACUUAUCAGAUAAUGAUAAUAGUAAUGAUAUUGAAGUAGAAAUAAAAAUAAAGCCCAAAUUGAAAUCUCGAGUAUCACGGAAAUUUUCAUUAAAAGCACCUUGGUCUGCAGUAAGUACAUGUAUCAAAAACUUACACACACUUAAGGAUAAUCCGAGCUUUCUUAAUGAACUUUUGCAGAUGGAUCAUAGAACAUCUGAAAAGUUUAAUCGCAAGGUCACAAAUACAAAAGAAAAGAAAAACGAUACGUCAUUAGAUAAUGUUACUGCCGAGACUGACGAAAUCAUACAUAAUUCUAGUCCUACUACUAAAGAUGAUGAAAAUCAUUCUCAACAACGAAAUUCUCAAGACCGUCCAAUUUUAAACGAAGAUAAAAAUAUGAUAGCUUAUGAUGACAAAAAAGAAAAAAAUGAGUGCACUCAAUCUUUCAUACAAACGACUCCAAUAAUAACUGAAAACAAUCUUGACUCAAGUAGAUUUGCGUGUGAUACAUCCGAUUUGGGAAAACAGUCACAAAAGGUUGUCGCAAACGAUAAACAGAAAAACAAUGAAGAACAAAAUUUUCAAAAUAAAACAACUUUAGAGGGAACUAAAAAUGUAGUGAAGCAUAAUCAGGUUAAAGAAAUUGAAAUAUUGUUUGUCGAGAGAAAGAAACCGCAGAUAACGACUGAAAAUAAUCUUGAAUCAAUUAAAGCUGCAGACGACUCGCCUGAUGUAGCAGAACCACAAACUUCCUCGAAUAUGACACAUAAGAAAGUACGAGUCCGUUCUAUUGCAGAACUUAGUUAUCAGUGUAUCGAGAAAUCUGUGAAUCUGACUGCAUCGAUUCCAAAAAGUGUAUGCUCAACAUUCUGUCAGUCAGUAUCUCAAUCGACAACUGUUCAUUCAACAUCUUCUCAAUUAGCACCUCAAUCAACAUCUCGAUUAGCACCUCAAUCAACAUCUUUUCAAUCAGCACCUCAAUCAGUGUUUUUUCAAUCAGCACCUUCUCAAUCGGUAGCUUUUCAACCAAUACUUCCUCAAUCAACAUGUCCUCAAUUAGGACAUCCUUCAUUAGUACCUCCUCGAUUUAUAUUUCCUCAAUCAACAUCUCAGUCAGUAUCCAAACGGCCGUCGCCACUAUCACAUAACACCACUCUUAAACAUACAUACCUCUUACCUAAUACAAGUUCUGCGGUUGCAUCGGUUGAAGUUAAUACUCCAAAUAAUAACAUUCUCAAAAAUUUAAUACAGAUUACAAUCAAAAAUAUCUGCACCAAUAUUGGAUAUUGUCGCAAUCUUGAUCAAUAUAAUCAUGUAAGAAUAAAUUUUCCUGAAGAUUACGUACAAAGAUUAUCUUUAAUUAUGCAACAAAUAAAUCAAGACUUAGAAAACUUGAAAAUGUGGCUGAAUAUGAAGAAUAUUGACAGCACGCUGAUUUACGUUAAUUUUUAUAUGCCAAAAAAUCACCCAGUGACAGUUCCGGAAUUGCACAAAUAUAUGCAAAUUUGUUAUAAUUACUUACACAUCUCACAGCAAAAUUAUGCAAACUCGUCACAAUAUCCGAAUAUUAACAGAUUACUUUCAAAUGCAUCAAUGUCGAAUGUUGACGCGCAACAAUUUUCGAGAAAUGCUUCAUUUCUAGAUACAAGAAUGCUAAAUCGUGACACAUUCAUGCCGUCUUCAACAAUGCCAUGUCCGGCACCAACGACCUCAAACAUUAACCAGCAGCAAUUGGUUAGAAAUUCAGCUAAUUCUACACAAGUACCACACUCGAGACAACCUAGGCCAAAUAUUCAUCAAUCAUAUAUGUCUUAUGUACCAUUUACAGCACAAUCCCGUAUGCCGAACGCUAAUCAACAACAAUCUUUAGAAAAUGCGAGUCAUCCGAUACAAGGCCGAUAUAUGCCAGCAAAUAUAUUGAAUGCUGGCGUCCAACAGGAUUUUCUAAUUGUGAAUAACAUUCCAUCAUCGAAUGUUAAUAUGCGCUCGCGUGAACCAGUAAAUCAAGGAAAUGCAAACGUGUCUUCUACAACUAACAUGAGACAAUUACACACCUUACAAAAAAAUACAAGUAGCAAUACUGCAACCGUAUCUGCUACUAAUAACGUGCAACAACAGAAACAAAUGUAUCUUCAAACAUCGCAAAUAAACUCAAGAACAGCAGUUUAUCCAUCGCCGACAAAUCAAAAUAAUUCUUUUGGAGUAUGCCAGACUGUGCCAGGCUGUGACAAUAUCAACUUAUCUGGAUCUUUCACGAUAAAUCCUGAUACCUCAAGAAUCAAUGCUGCAAUGAAAAAUGCUAGACAUAGGAACACCAAUGUGAAUCGACAGCAAGCAAGCUGCAGUCCACAAGUAUCUCAAAUAUCUUCAGGAAAAACGCAAUAUUUGCCGCAAUACAAUCCAAACCAAACUUAUCUUAUUGUAGCUCAAUCUGCACAUUCCAACAUACAAACGCAUCCCGUUCAGAAUACUUUGCCAAAUCAAAACGUGUGGCAAGUACAGCAACAGCAAUUGGCAGUAAAUCACGGGAAUACAAGUAUACCUUCUACAAUCAACAAGAAACAACCAUAUAUCAUAAGAAAUGUAAUUAGCAAUACUACAACCGAAAAAAGCCAUAGAUACAUCUUGCCCAAAGAUACAACCACAUAUCCAAUUGAUCUAUCGAUUAAUGAUCUCUCACAAAAUGUACAACAAAACAUGUCGCAACAGAAAUUGACAGUAAAUCAAAGGAAUGCAAACAUGCCUCCUACAAUCAAUACGAAACAGUCACACAUGACAUCAAAAAAUCCAAUUAACAGUACAACCAUAACAAGCCAGUACGUAUCCAAAGAUACAUCUAUAUAUCCAAUUAAUCUAUCGAUUAACAAUACAUUGCAAAAUGUGCAAGAAAACGUGCUGAAUAAAGAAGGAGAGAUGACCGAGUCACAAAAUACAAAUCGCAUGCAAAAAAAGGCACAAUCUAUGAAUCUACGAGAUACACAUCAAGAAAUUCUAAGUGUAUGCAACAAAUUGCAAAAUAUUGACACUGUUUCGGAAAACACAAGGUCUUCUAGACAAAGAUUGAGUGUCUUACAAAGUAUGAUGUCUACAAUAUCUCCAAAUAAAAAUGAUGCAGUGUUAUUUUUAUCCGCAAUCGAACGAAAAAAGCAAAGAAACAAAGUUAUGUUCUCUAAUAAUUUGGCGAGUCUAACGGACAUUCAGAAAAUCCUAUUGCGUGAUCAAAUAAAAUCGUAUUUUAUCAUGUGGGACGAACUGAAAAAUUUGCUUAGCAAGCAAGAAUUCGAACGAGUACAUAAUGAGAGAAUAAUAUUAUUUUACUCGUACGUGAAUGUAGAUGAUUACAUAAAGAGCAUAAUAAACGAAUCACAGACCGUUAAAAAAUCCGUCGAAAAAAGUUCACAAAAUAAUAUGUCACAAACCAAGUCAACAUUACAAGAGGGUACAAUACAAACAUCCGAAGACAAGUUAACGAAGACUCAACUUAAUCAAGACAAUGAAAAUAAUUUAGAAUAUAACAGAAUUUCAGAAAAGCAAUCAGAACAAAGUAUUGAUUCGAAUAUUUCUAAGAGUCCAAAAUCAGCGAUAAAGAGUAAUUUAGAAGCGUCAAAUGAAGAGUUUGAGUCACUUUGUACAUCUGUGAUAACUAAGAAAUUUUAUCCAAAAGAUAUAAGAUCACAAGAACAAGAUAAUAAUACAUUGAAGAAGCAAUUCCAAAAAGGUUCAUUGAUUGAUACGGAAAAAGAAUCUCGGAAUACAGAAACACUGUCGCCAGAAGAGAAGUUGAUCACAGAAGUGUCUGCCAAGAAUUUGAAAACGAAAACACAAGAUAAUGCGAAAAUUAUCGAGUCUCUGAAAGUGACAAAUUCAUAUGACCCCUCCCUUAAACAAAAUCUACUGUUUAAUUUAUUACAGGAUAUGCCAACUGAGAACAUAAAAGAUCAAUUAGAAAUUAUGAUAAAUAAUAUAAAUAAGAGAUUUAGUAAUGUAGAAAUGGAAAGCGUACGCGAAACUUCUGACAUUGUAAUAUUAAAUAGUAGCAAACAAAACGAUGGGAUAUCACGAGCUCAAUAUAAUAUGGAAGACCAAAAUAAAAUAAUAUAUAAUACCAAUAAUGAAAUAUCCAGUAAAAAUUUACGAGAUGGAAUGCGUGAUGACGUCAAAGCGAAUACUGAAAUAUUAAAUUCCACAAAGAUACAGUCUGAUUCAUUGAAUAUAUUGCAUAUUUCAGAAUCGUUCCCAUCAAACAACAUACAGAAAUCGAUAUCUCCGAGAAAAUAUCUUGGAAAGAAAUGUGAAUCUACCGAAAUAUCGGAGCCACAUAUCGUAGAUGAGGAACAUGCCGAAGUAACAUCAGAAUUUUGCUUAAAUAUACAGCAACAAGAUCCUACGAAUGAACGAAGUAAUGAUUCCACUGAAAGUUUCGGGAAACUGUAUAUCGACGAAAAUAUGGAGAUGCAAACCCAGUGCGAUAAGAUGUCUUUUGAAGAAAAUAAUUUAAAAUCACAAGAUUCAAUAGAACUACUUGAUACGAUAAGCUGCGAUUCUACGAAAGUAACAUCAUUUUCUUUUCUCAAAAACACUGCUAAGGCAGAUUUAUUUGAUACAUAUCAAGAUUUCAAAACUGAAGCACAAUACAUUGAGGAACUCGAUGAACACCAAUCAUUAAAAAUAGAGAGAAAUAGAGAGAAGAUGCAGCUACAAGAUGUAUCAUUGAAGUUUGAAGAUGAAUGUAAUGUGAGAGAAAGUGUGAUACAAUCGACCAAUAUCAUAAAAAAACAUGAAGAUACAACAAAAGAAAAUAAUGAGUUAUUAAUAACAGAGGAGAUCGAGUUUCAAGAAAUGUCAUCAAAUCGUGAAGUUUCAAAAGACACAUUACAUGUCGAAAAGAGCAUGACAGAGUCGAUCUAUUUAAAAUAUCCUGAAGAUAUAGAAGAGGAAAAGAUGGAAUUAAACGCUCAAAAACUUUCUGAAGAUAUAGAAGAGGAAAAGAUAGAAAUAAACGCUCAAAAGCUUCCUGAAGAUAUAAAAGAGGAAAUAGAUACUUACACUAUUAUUAAAAUGGACAACAAAAAUAGGGAGCAAUCACUAUUAAAAAUAGAGGAGGUCGGAUUUCAGAAAAUGUCAUCAAAAUUUAGAAAUCCGGAAGAUAUAUCAAGUAUCGAAGACAACUCAACAGAGUCGGUUUACUUUCAACUUCCUGAAGCUAUAGAACAGGAAACGAUAAAUAUAGACACUCAAGAGCUUAAAUAUAUAGAAAAGAAAAAGACGAAAAUGGAUACUCACAGUGGUAUUAAAGCAAUCAAUAAACAGCUCAAGCAUGUAUCCGAACAAAAAUAUAGAAAAUCGCGUACUCAUGCACUUAAUUCCUUUCAAAGAGACGAUUUUCUCGAUGUAAAUGAAAAAGAAAUUUCCGCCAAAUUUUCCGCCACUGAUUUUCUUGACGCCGAUGAUAUCGAAUAUAUUUCCCUGAAAAGCGAUGACUCCAAUAGCAUGCCGAGUAUCUUGGACAUUAGGAGUAUAUCGCCAUCAUCAUUCGAGAAGAUGAAAAAUAUAAAUGCAUUUCUUGAAAAUAACUCAGAAUCGUUGACUAAAAAUGAUGAAAACUCGUUGGAUAUAAAUGAUAAUUUGGGAAUUUCGGAUGAGAUAGAUGAUAGGCUCUGUUUACGAUGCAAACGCAAAAGUAUAGUAUACUGUCAGGCUUGCUUGGAAGCUCAUUAUUGCUCCAAACGUUGUUCGUCUUUGCAUUGGAACGCGGAACACUACAAGCAAUGCAAGGGUCGUAAUGCGAUUAUCUGUAUCGAUGAGUAAUAUAAAACCAUAUAUAUUUGUAUCUUAAAAUACUUCAUACAAUAAUCUUCUGCUAAUAUAUUGUUAGCAUCAAAACAUUUCUCAAUUAAACAGUAUUCAUUGUUA